GACUGUGGAAUGAUAACAGAAGGACCUUCCUGAAGACUUUCUCUUGGUGAAAAAUCCUGAACCCCCCCAAAAAAAUGACAACUUGAAAAGUGCUGAAACUGGAGACUCCUUCCUUCCUCGCUUGUCAUUUUAGAAAUAGUGCCGUAUUAGAACGAGCACAUUAGGGUAAAAAAAAAAGCUAAUACGGAAUUUGGAUGACAGCCGGAGUGAAUCUCUGACUCGCUGUUACAAUAAAAGAAUCGACUGAAUCAGAUCGGUCACGAUUAAACGUUAAAUGUAAAAGCUUACAGAUUAAAGAUUGCAGUUUUUUUUUCUUUUUCAACGCUGUGCCUGAACGUCAGUAGAUGUUUUAGUACGUCGACUUUGAACACGACAAACCGGUUAUGUAAAGCAUCGAUCUCUAUUAAAAGAUUUUUUUUGGUUACCUCAGGCAGGAAAGGAGUGUGUGUAUAUUUAUAGCCAUAAUUUUGUUCAAGUAGACCGAUAUGGUACUGCGAGUUUCCUCCUCAGAGACCAGAACCCAGAUUCCCAAAAGCUUCACAGAUCAUUUUUCCUGUUAGCGAGUGUAUGUUCGUUCCUGUAGCAGCAGAUGUGUGGUGUAGGACAUUCAUUCAAAAUAUGUAUAUGUAUUAUAUAUAGUCAUUUCUUACUCUCCAGCACAAAUUGAAACUACUCUCUCUUUUUUUUUUGGGGUAUGAUGGUGACUUUGAAUGUGACUUUCACAUCCUUUCUUCUUUCAGAUCGAUUUUCUUGGUUCUUGGUUUCUCGGUUAACUUUUUUUUACACAGUGAGAAGACUGAAUUUGUGGUAUUUCGUGUUGGUGUUCACUUUUUCAGGAAACUGUCGAGUGUGUGUGUGAAUGAAUCCAUCCAUCCGUUUCGGUCACAGCUGUGGACAAAUUAUAAAUUUGUCGAGUCGAAGAAGCGUUGUGAGGACUAAAAUCUCCCGACAGGAACGUUGACUUCUCCUGAUAAACAGAGAGCGUUAGAGGAGACUAAAAGCUACACGACUCAAUCCCUGGCUAGCGUCGCCUACCUGAUCAACACACUCGCCAACAAUGUGCUGCAGAUGCUCGACAUUCAGGCGUCUCAGCUACGCCGCAUGGAGUCGUCCAUCAACCACAUCUCACAGACGGUGGACAUCCACAAAGAGAAGGUGGCCAGGCGUGAGAUCGGCAUCCUCACUACUAAUAAGAAUACCUCUCGCACACACAAGAUCAUUGCUCCGGCCAAUCCCGAGAGGCCUGUGCGCUACAUCCGCAAGCCUAUUGACUACAGCCUGCUGGAUGACGUAGGACACGGCGUAAAGUGGUUGUUAAGGUUCAAGGUUAACGCCCAGAACAUCAAGGCGGGCACGACCCCUCGAACAGGUGCCCCUACCCAGAAACCACCCAGCCCUCCAGGUCCAGGGAAGGGCACCCUCGGGCGCCACUCCCCCUACAGGACGCUUGAACCCGUGCGUCCCCCCGUCGUUCCUAAUGACUAUGUGCCGAGCCCGACCCGCAACACAGCUCCGCCCCUCCAGAGCCCGGCACGCACCACCUCCGUAAAUCAGAGGACCCGCACGUACAGCAGUGGUAGUAGCGGAGGAAGUCACCCGAGCAGUCGCAGCAGCAGCAGAGAGAACAGCGGAAGUGGCAGCGUGGGCGUGCCUAUCGCCGUGCCGACCCCGGCCCCUCCCACUGCUUUCCCAGCAGGUACUGCCUCCACCCCUCCGAACCCUCCCAAGCCCCCUCCCAGUGUGUCUAUCCCGGCUCCCCCGGCACCUCCUCCUCCUCCUACCCCUGAACCCACACCUCCUCCUGCCCUUCCUGCUCCCCCUGAGAUCCCAGCUCCCCCACAACUGCCCCCCACCACCGGUACAGCGACCGCGCAAGGAAACGGGCCUCAGUUCUACAGCAUGAACAGACCAAUAGCGAGGCAAACCACACCCUCAGUAGGCGGGACUCUGCCGUAUUGCAGGCCGUCUUCGGUCACCAGUCAGCCGAGUAACGUACCUCAGAAUACUCACGCAAACAUGAGCCAGACCCAGCUUAAUGGAGGACCACACUACAACCAGAACCAAGCCCCCAUGGCUCCGCCUCCUCCCUCCUUAUUACAGAUCACACCCCAGCUGCCUCUGAUGGGAUUUGUGGCUCGGGUGCAGGAGACCAUCUCGGACGCUCCUCCUCCUCCGCCCCCUGUGGAAGAGCCGGCGUUUGUGGACUCGACUCCGCCCCCGCCUCCACCUGAGGACUACGAGGACGAGGAGGGCGACGAGGAUGAAGAGUCGGCAGUGGUGGAGUACAGUGACCCGUAUGCCGAGGAGGAUCCUCCAUGGGCUCCUCGCAACUACCUGGAGAAAGUGGUGGCGAUCUAUGACUACACCCGCGAUAAAGAAGACGAGCUGUCCUUCCAGGAAGGGGCCAUCAUCUACGUCAUCAAGAAGAACGACGACGGCUGGUACGAGGGUGUCAUGUGCGGCACCACGGGGCUCUUCCCUGGAAACUACGUCGAGUCCAUCAUGCACUACGCUGACUGAGCCACCAGGGGGAGCUGCUCUCCAUCUCUCACUCUUUCACUACAAAAACCUCCCCCUUACACACACACACACACACAGACUUAUUAGAUGCGUGACAAAGAGGACGAUACACAUCUGUAUAUUUGUGAAGAAUUUUUUUUUUCAAAAUUCA